UUGGCAUUAGGGUUUUUACACAAUAUAACUGCAGAAAAUGUUGAAGAGUGUGUUGAAUCAAAGGAGUUUCAGACCACCGGCAAUAUUUUAGUGUGUAACAUGCCUAGAAAUUUUCAAAGAAAGGAAUCUGGAAAUGGUGAAAAAAAGCUGCGGAUAUUCUGUUACAAAGGUGGAAAAAUCAGGCUCACAAGACUCUGGACGAAUCCUAUGGUUAAGAUCAAGAUAGCCGAUGAUCAGUAUGAAGUGUUCAAAGGUCAGAAUGACAGUGAUGUAUAUAGACAAUACCAGGCUUCAGCUACCAGCUGGUUCAACCUUAUGCCCUGGAAGACAGAGGCCGUGAAUAUGAAGCCGUUCACAAACUCGUGUAUGGGGAUAGCAACUAGCUUGGAUUAUGAGAUAGAGUUUAGAAUCAAAGUUGUUGAUCCAUGGUUAGUGAGCUACUUCAUCAUAGGGAUCAUCCUGUUCCUCUCUGCCAAGAGACUCAGUAGGAAUGUUUUGUUCUACUAUGGGACAGGUGUUUCUGUGGGUUUGUGUGCAUCUCUCCUCAUCGUAGUCUUCAUAUUCAGCCGGCUUAUACCUGGAAAGAAACCUGUAGUUUACACAUUCCUGAUGGGGGGCUGGUCUGUGAGUCUCUACUUCAUUCAGUAUUUAUGGGAAAACAUCCAGGGAAUACUAGAGACAUACUCUCAUUUCGUCAUAGGUUACUUCCUGAUUGCUGGACUGAUAAGUUUCGCAAUAUGUUACUGGAAAGGCCCCAUUGAGGAUAUAAGGAGUCGCAAUCUUAUUAAAUGGACUAUUCAGCUAUCAGGGCUGAUAUGUAUGUACAAUAGCAUGCAGAUUCCUGAAGUAUCUGUGUUUAUUAUGGUCACCAUUCUCAUCAUCCAUAACUUCCCAUACUCUGUCACAUAUUCCAUCAAAACCUGGUGGAGGAGGCGCUUUCCGCCGAAAAUCCGUCUGCUAAGUGAAGCAGAGUACAUAAGGCAGGGAGAUAAGGAGACUCGGAAAGCUUUAGAAGAACUCAAGGAAUACUGCAGGAGUCCACAAUGUGAUGCCUGGAAAACCAUCAGCAGAUUGGGCACACCACAAAGAUUUGCUAACUGGAUGGAAGGAGACUCACACCUGACAGAUGACGAGAUCUUGAAUUAUGAUAUUGACCCCACACCCCCUAUACCCUUGGAUCCCUAUGAUGAGACAGAAUCUGACAUUGACUUUGCUCUAGGCACAGAAUAAAAUCUGGAUACCAAUGACCAUCACAUGGUUUCAAGUGCACAUGCACUUUCAUAUGGACAAUCUUGCCAGUCGAUGUAUUGUAUGCUAUACAGGAAUUGGAGAAUCAAAGAAACUGGCAUUUUGAAAGUGUAACAUCAAAUAUGGUGAAAGACUGAAAGUCAAGGAUGGAAAAUGAUCUCUGUAUUAUAUGUCAAAGACUUGCUCAUUAUUGUAUAUAUGUAUAUUUAGACAGAAUCAAAAUUCAGUUGAUUCAGUUGUACAGUAACUCAAAAAAACUUAACGCAUUUUUUGUGAAAGCAAAAUGUAUUUGUAUACUGACUAUUUUUCUGGCUAUGGUUGUUCAUUUGACCAUGCAAUACAUGCAAUAUGGCAUUUAAACAUAUGGUUCAUAAAAUACUAUUUUUAUUUAGAAAUGUUUUCACAUGAAUAAUGAAUGCACAAACUAUGCAAUAUGAAUUUAUUUAUUUCAAAGUUGUAUGGCAGCUAAACAGAACAAAAAGUUUAGAUUUAUUGAUACUGUACCCCAUGGGGAAAUCUGCUCACAUAGAAUGAUAAACUACUGGG